AUGGAAAUUGAUGAUUGUAUUCGAGAAAACAUCCCAUGGACCAAUCUAUCCGCUGACAUUAAAGUUAUCCUGGGAAAUUCGUCGAAAGAGUACGAGAAACGAGUGCUAGAGUAUUCCAUACAAAAUCAGCUGAGAUAUAAGGGAAAUCUGGUGAGACAUGUGAAAAAGAGCGAGGAGGCGUAUUACGACCAGCUAUUGCGCUUCUCCGAGACCCAUUUGAUGCUCUACCCCUAUCACUUAUCAGAUAUCACUGUCACCGAAAUGCGGCUGUCUCCGUUUAGCUAUUAUGCGAAUAUUCUGGCGGUAAGCUUAGAAAUGCUAAAUACCGAAAAAUCGUACGAUUCCCUUCCGAAUUUCACAGCAGCCGAUGCCGUUCGACUCCUGGGAAUCGGACGGAACCAAUAUAUCGAUUUGAUGAACCAGACUAGAUCCAAUCGGAAGUUUUUGAGACGGAGCAAGACGCCGAGAGAGCUGCUACCCCAGAAACCGGCAAAAUUAGUGAUAGAGUCCUGGUGGAUGACUCAUGUUGGAGCCAUUCUCGAGAGUGAUAUGAAACUAGUCAACGAGGAGGAGAAACAAGUGAUCGAUCGUCUUCUAGAUGCCAACUCUUCGAUUCCAGCUGGCCUUCUGAAGUAUUCUGUGGUGACGUCACUAUACGAUAGAGGCCUCAUCUAUUUCGAUGUGCCAGUGGAGGACAACGACUACAUCUACGUGGCACCGCUCGAUGGAUUCGUGAUGAAUCGAGUGCUAGGAGACUAUUUCGAGACGCUUCUCUAUAAGAUUUUCGUCGCUAUUGAUGAUCAGACGACGGUUCUGGAGAUGUCCCAAAUCCUUCACAUCGACUUGCAGUUGGUCAAAAACGCGAUUUCCCUGUUUUGCCGGCUUGGAUUCGCUAGGAAGAGGGUCACUGGCGCCGAGAAUCUGACCAUUCACACCUCUUGGACAUCCAAUUCUACAGUAACCACUCCACAAUCGCCAGUGUCGCCGAUGUCAAGCCUUAUCACCAACACCUCUGACGAGAUGAACGAGCUGACACGAACGCUUCUCCGUGGAGACGACGAUGAGACUGACGAGACUUCAGAAGACGCGGCGGCGCUGCGAGCAUCGUCUCCAAACGAAUCGAUAAAUGAGUCUGUGAUGUCGUUCCAGUCCCUCUCCACGUCCCAAACGUCUUCUGACUUGUCUGGAAACGCUGGAAACGUGAAUAGAGCCGCGUUCGUUUUCGAUUCAACGCUUACCGCGUUCCUAAUGAUGGGCAACUUGUCGGCGUCGUUGAAAGGCCACGCGGUAGCACUAUUCGAGGUGGGAAAACUAGCCGACGAGCAGAUGAAGGAUUUUUUGGAGCAGCUGGAAUCGGUGAAUCAGUUCGCUGAGGGUGAUGCUCAGCGGUAUUCAAUGCACGCGACGGCUCUACUAGACUCGCUGAAGAGUUUAAGACAGGAGAGAGAGGCUGACUUGGUGAGAGGAGAGAGUUUGUACACGUUGGAUGCUAAGAGUCGACAGAGAGUGCUGGCGAAGAGUUAUGGAAUCCUGGUCGCGAUGGCUCCCCUUUGCAUCGAAGCCUGUGCCAUUCCCAUCAACUCCGUCCCAUUCAUCGGCCCACCGAACCCCGAAACCUGUUCCCCCUGGUUCCGCCUAUCAAUCUACUCCGCGUGCUCCUCUGGUCCCUCAAGUGUCUUCCUACCCCAUGGAACACGUCUUCUAACCCUCCCACGUCUUCUACAAAACCAAAUUGGCUCCAAAAAUUGUCGAAUUCUGGUGUCCAGCGCAAAACACGAACCCCACAUUAUCACUGCCCAAAAUGCGCUCUUCGCACUGAAUGAUAUGCUUGUCUACUCAUCGAUUUUCGUACAAUCAGUACCUCCGGAUAGUGAUGAUAAGGAUAAACUCAUCCAUGUGCCCUUCCCCUUUAGUCAGGAGGAAUUGGAGAAAGAAGAGUCUUUCUGUAACCAUCCGGCGAUUCGGAAGCUUCGAGAGAAGCUAGGAUUGGAUAGAAUGGCGGGAUAUGUGAUUCUAAUGAAACAUAAUAACGUAGAAGUCAAGGUUUCUGGGAAUAAUGGAGGGACGGAUAUCAGUGGGAGGACUAAAGCGGAGAGUAAUAUUAUGCAGGAUGUGUCCUUGGAUGGGAAUGGGGAAUUACUGAGGUCCCUGCGUCCUGGAAGCAGUUUUAAUGACUUUUCCCUGUUGGAUUGUGUCUUUGGGAUACCCCUUUUUGAUUCGGUACUGAAUAAGACUAUAUGCCAGAGGAUUAUGGGUCAUGGAGUGUUGGAACAGCAAAACCGCCCCAACAUUCAAUCCUCUAACAAACAAAUCGUCGAAAUGACAAAUGCGUUGAUUGAAACUGCUAAUAAUGGACUGGUCAAGAGUUCUCAGCUGUUCGUUGACGGAGGAGAUCAGAGGAAUUCGCAAAUCGUACCGCCCGUUCGUCCGAUUUAUUUUGAUUCUGAUAAUUUGAUUACCUAUGGAGCUAUUUGA